AGUGCUACAGGGGCCGCUUUCUCCGGGACAGAAUCAGUCAGGCGUGACCACAGGUAGGACGCGCUUCACUUCUCUAACGGUCGUGGGAGAUUAUUCAUACCAAUUUGUCAUCGUUUUUGAAUUACACAGGAAGGGAGUUUCAUAAUGUGAUAUGAAGGAACUUCGAUUUUCGGACAAUCGUUUGGAGAUAUAGUGAUAUUUUUUUUGUGUUCUACCUUUCGUGGUCAGAAUCAGGUAGAUUUUACCUGGUUAUUGAUUUCUAAUUAGCUUUGGAUCGCCGUACUACGGUGUAAACACAUUCAAAAUGGCGGAGUCUGUACAGUUUACAAAUAUUACCUGUAUGUGUUGUAUUAUAACGACUAUUGUGUUCACUCUCUUUCAUUCUGUGACUUCGGAACCCACCAUACCUGUUAUAGUUCCAAACAAAGCUGACAUCGGGUACAAAAUAUUAAAACUAGGUUGUAGUAAAUCUGACCUACAACUGAGAACCAGGGAUCCCUAUGGGGAUUUUUAUGACAAUUUUGUCCUGACUGACCGCGGGGACCUGGUCCUUAGAAGGGCUGUCCCCCAUCGUGUGGGUCAGAGUUACAAGCUGACCGUCAUAUCUCACUCUAACUGUUACGAUAAUGUCCCCACUAAAAGGACGUUUGUGAUGCAUGUUGCCCCUUCAGAAGAUGUGUUCUCUGAGAGACUCUAUACAGGGUAUGUAGUGACCAAAGGCAAACCAGGGCCAGUCAUCACUAUCCCUGUACACAAAGUACCACAACAAAAGUUUGUUUUAACGGGAUUUUAUUCGGAUUCUUUUAAAAUUGUACCCAGUGAGUUUAAUAACGAAAUCCAUGUUGUUUCGAACAAAGAGUUCCCUCCAAACCGUGCAUUUUAUUUUACCCUUUUAUCCAAAGUUGGUAGUGCAAUCACUGGUCAUACUAAUAUUGAGGUUCUGUUUGUUGACAAACCUCACAUGCAAAAUACAAAUUUGCCAUCAGUGUCAAAAAAUAACCCGAGGUCAAAACACCUUACUGCCAAAUUUGAACAAGAUCUGUCAAACAAUGUAGAUUCUCACGCUCUCCGAAUCAAACGACAAAUUAACGUUCCUAAACAACAGACGACGGUGCCUAUAGACGAGAAUGCGGUGGGGGUACUGUUUACGGUGGAUUCUGGACAACCCCAGGGGACCCAAGUCCGGUUUGAGAUCCGUUCUUCAGUCCCGGAAGACAUUUUUGUGAUUGACCAAACAACUGGAGAAGUGACCUUAAAAUCUGAUGCCAAACUUGACUACGAUUACGGUGGGGUCAGGCAGCACGUCAUAAACAUUGAUGUCAAACGACGGGACGACGACACAGUUUUGCAGCAAGUAGAGGUGACUGCUAAUGUACAAGAUGUGAAUGAUGAACCUCCCCGAUUUAUCACAAAGCCCGUCCCCUACCUGGCUGUUGUGGCAACCGAUGCUCAGGCGGGGGUGUCCGUAUUCCAGAUCCAGGCGGAGGAUGUUGACGGGGGUCCAGGUGCUGUCAAGUACUUCAAAGAGAAUGUUGGCAGUAGUCCUUAUUUUGAGGUUGUACAGGACACCGGUGUUAUCCGGACGACGGAGGUGAUAACUAGUGGUCUGGACUAUGUCAUCAAAGUGUACGCCAUCGACUCUAAGGCAGAGACCCAACAAAAGACCGGCCCGGUCAACAUCAACAUCCGGCGAGGACAGAGGCCGCCCCAGUUCUUCUCCUCGUAUUACGAGGCCUCGGUUGAGGAGUCGGACCAAGUAGAUCAAGCUGCCUCUGAAAACAGAUUCCAGGCUUUUGAUGCGGAUGGAAACAAAGUUUCAAUCCAGGCUAAGAAUUUCCAGGUGGGUGGCACCAUCAUAUACUCUGUGUACGAGUCGGACACCGCGAUAUCUACAAGGUUUGCCAUCGACCAAGGAAUGGUGAAGACCCUUAGAACACUGGAUUACGAGACGGACAGCAGAGAAUUUAAUUUGACGGUCAGAGCCGCAGACACAGUGUCGGGGGGUAGCAGUGACGUACGGCUGAGAGUGACUCUGCUGGACAGAAAUGAGUACGCUCCCCUCUUCAGUAAAUCCACGUUCACAGCCACAGUGAAGGAAGACAUUCCUAAAGGAACCUCCGUCAUUGAAGUAUCUGCCUCAGACAAAGAUGGCAGCACUGUUCUGUCAUACACCCUGACCGAUCCCACGUUCUCAAUCACUACGGCCGGCAACACACAAGUGGGAGUCAUCCGUACUAAUGGGACCCUGGAUUACGACCGAAAAUUCCCUCAUUACUAUGAAUUUAAAGUGAUAGCUUCGGACAAUGGAGUUAACCCACGAACUGCUAAGGCCCGUGUGAUUAUCACAACAACAAACACAAACGACCAAGCCCCGGAAUUUGAUGACAAUAAAGUCGCCACUCUGAUGGGAAAUGCCCCAUCUGGCUCGACGGUCAUCAUUGUCCGCGCAGUGGACCAGGACGGAGACGGAGUGACCUACAGUUUCGAAGGUGGACGUACAGUGAGUGAUGUUUUUGAGAUAGACCCGUCUUCGGGUCGUAUCAGUCUGAGGCAGGGUCAGUCUCCACCCUCAGACCGGGACCAGAUUUUCUUGAAUGUGACGGCCACGGACGACGGGUCGUGCUGCGGCAUUCCUCAGAAUAUCCGGAGCAGCACAGCGCUGAUCACGAUUAACAUUGAGGACGAGGAGAACAUCAAGCCUCGGUUUGUGAAUUGUAAUUAUACGCCGACCGUCACAGAGGAGCAGGAUCCUGGGGUGCUGGUCCAGAAGGUUACUGCUGUCGACCCUAACCGAGGGCAGAAUGGUAAGCUGGUGUACUCCAUCACAAGUGUCAAGGAACUGGACGACAACCAGGAAAAAAAUUACUUCAGGAUUAACUCUUCAACAGGUGAAAUUUACACCAGGGAGAAACUGGACCGAGAGACCCAGUCUUCCAAGAACUUGUUCAUCACCGUUAAAGUACAGGACAAGGGAGGUAACCCACUGGACGAUUACUGUACAUUCCCUGUCACCAUCCGAGACAUCAACGACAACAACCCAGAGUUCGGGAAAUCUCAAUACGAGGGUCGUGUACUGAAGUCCGCCACAGACGGGACUAAAGUCCUGACAAUCAAAGCUACAGACAAGGAUUUAGGAGAUAACGCUAACAUCAGGUACUCCCUGAAGUCUAACCCUAACAACCUGUUCAGUAUAAAUCAGGAUACAGGAGACAUUGAAGUGGCCGGCUCUCUACAACUACCAGAUUCCAGCGUCACAUUAGUUGCCACAGCAACGGACCAAGGUACUAUACCCCGAAGUACAGAUGUGACUGUAAACAUUGCCCUCACGACAGACUCCGGAGUUCUUCCCCCUCUCUGGACCCCCAUAAAUCCGACGUACAGGGUCAAGGAGUCAGAGAGCGUGAACUUUGUCAUUGCCUCACUGUCAGCCCAGAAUCGUAUCACCAACAUCCCCGAUCCUUCCCUGAUCUUCAACAUGGUCAUAAAUAACAACGGACAAACAGAGCUGUCGGACAGAACGGAGAAGUUCAUCAUCCGGAGUGGUGCCGACACGGUCAAUCUCACCAUACUGGAAAUCCUGGAUUACGAAACUCAGAAAGAGUACACACUCAAUCUCCGUGCCUCUAAUGUUUACGACUCACCCAUAAACAGCGACAAUUACCCAAAGAUUGUGGUAGAGGAUGCUAAUGAUGAGAUUCCAAAAUUUCUUAACAUUGACCCCCAGACAGGAAACAUAGGACUGAGCGUGCUCGAGAAUGAGGAUCCAGGGACCCCGGUCCAGAGUGUUAGUGCUAUAGACGCUGAUGAAACCGAGAGUUUUAAAAGGGUAACAUAUGCCCUCCAUCCCGAUGGCAGCACCACUACAGAUCAGUUUGAGAUUAACCCCACAACUGGAAUGAUCACAACACGAGUUCAAUUUGACCGGGAGACUAAGGAUUUCUACAUCCUGAAGGUUUACGCUGUAGAUGGCGCUCCAUCAUCCAGAGGCACCUCAGGGGCCCACAAUACAGGCUCUGCUGUUGUAAGAGUUUCUAUUAAGGAUGUUAAUGACAACAAACCUUACUUUGAGGAGAGUCUGUAUUUUGCUUCGGUACGUGAGGACUCGUUUACGGGCCAGUCCAUCACUACUAUUGCAGCCAAGGAUUUAGACGAGGCCACUUUCACAUAUUCCCUGUCCGGCUCCAGUCUCUUUGCUGUCAAAUCCGGAACUGGAGAAAUUUAUGUCGCCGGAAGUCUGGAUUACGAGACUGAACCCAAUGUUUACAAUGUGACUCUGGUGGUGAAUGAUGGGAAAUUUAGCAGUCAGACCAUGGUACAAAUAUCCAUUAUAGACACCAAUGACAACACACCGAAGUUUACCCAGAACACCUAUGACAUCCGAACCCUAGAGGAGGGUCGAGUCUACAACCAAGUCCUAAUCGAAGUAAAAGCCACAGAUCUGGACGUCAACAGGAAUCCCCAGAACCUGAUAGAGUACUCGCUGUCCCAGGACGAUGCCGUCAUCAACAGUCUCUUCUCCAUCGACAAGAAUACCGGCGUCAUCACCAUUAACGGCGAACUGGACCGCGACAAGCCGGACGGGCGCGUGGUGUACCAGUUCACCGUCCUGGCUAUCGACGAGCCUGCUGCCGAGUCACACCUGACUGGUUACGCCACAGUCCGUGUAUUCCCGCUUGACAUCAACGACAACAGACCCAAGUUUGAUGCUAACUCUCUGAUUGGUUCAGUAAAUGAAAUGUCAAACCCUGAUGUUCUGGUGAUGACGAUUGUUGCCAAUGACAACGAUGAAGGUAACAAUGCCAAGGUCAGUUAUGAAAUCAUAGCGGGAACACAGCUGCCUCGGGAUGCCUUCCGAAUUAACAACAUCACCGGGGAAGUCUACACGACGGUGAGGGACCUUGAUCGGGAGAAACACCCAGUGUACACUUUUGAGGUCAUUGCCAAGGAUGCAGGAGUGCCCUCAUUGUCAGCCACUGCCACUGCAACCGUUAACAUUAAAGACAUAAACGACAACGAGCCUGUGUUUGAGAAAAAGAUUUACAGAGAGACGAUUCCCGAGACCCAGGAGGGACUCAUCCUCACCAUCCGGGCUAAUGACCUUGACAUUGAUGACACGCUGUCCUAUAACCUCAUCGGUGUCAACGACAGAACUCAUUUCCAGAUCACGGUGGACGGGCGAGAUGGGCGUCUGGAAGUGUACACCAAACCUGACUAUGAGAACCCAGCUCAGCGGUUCUUUAAUCUGACAGCGGAAGUCCGCGAUGGCCGAUUUACAGACAUUGCUUACAUUGAGAUCACAAUCAUUGACGUGAACGACGAGAUCCCGAUAAUUACGCCACAGAGCGUAGAGAUCACUAAGUUUGAGGAUCUCAAUAUUGGGGAAAUCCUGGCAACUUUCAGAGCUACAGAUAGAGAUGAGGGAAUCAAUGGAUUGUUUGAUUUUUACGUUUCCCGUAAACCAAUCAGUGAGAAGCCGGACUAUUACUUCAGGAUUACGCAGAACAGGGACAAUGGAACAGUGUCACUGAAAAAUUCCCUGGAUCACGAGACGCUGACCAAACACGUAGUCAGGAUCCUGGCUAUAGACAGAGGAAUCCCCCCUAACACUGGUACAGCGACCUUGACAAUCAAUGUCAAGGACAUUAAUGACGAGGACCCGACCUUCAGGGCUGUCCCUGGCCCCGUUCCCAAGGUCAGGGAGAACAGUCCCCCCCAGCAGGUGACCACUCUGUACGGAGUGGACCCCGAUGGUACCCCUUAUGGAGCCCCAUUUACCUUCGAGGCCGUGUGCAUAGCAUCCAUUUGUGACAAAUUCUCAUUAGAUUUUAGUCCCUCGGGAGAUAAUGGAAAUGGACUAGCCACCAUCAGGUCACGAGUUAACUUUAACCGUGAGGACCAGAAGUUCUAUUACCUCCCAAUCAAAAUGACGGACAUGAGAGGCCACCCAGAGCAGUCUACGCUGGGGAGGACCGCCACCAGUACCCUGACCAUAGAGAUCGGGGACGAAAACGAUAACCCCCACUCCCCCGCGCAUCAGAACAUCCACGUAUAUAAUUAUAAAGGGCUGUUUGGUAAUAUUGACAUCGGUCAAGUGUCGGACACAGACCUGGACGAUGAUGAUAUUGACGAUAAAACUUUCACCCUCCUUGGUUCCCCGCAAGCUCUGCAGUACUUUAC